AUGCGAUGCUUCCGCGCUCCUCUCGUCGUCGGCGCCUUCACUGUGGCCGUUGCGGCUGUACCGCACGUCUCACGCGCGAUCCUCGCGUAUAGAAGUCCACAGUGGGACCUGCGCCUCCUCAGCGAGGCCGUCCCCACCUGCAACCCGGACGACUCCAACAUCGACCUCAGCAUCUACUACCGCUACGGCCGGUACAAUCGGACGUGCGAGGCGCUGGGGGCAGAGUAUAAUUCAACCAAUGUCAUGACAACCUCGGCAAACACCGAUUCCAGCUCUGCGCCUUCUGCCCCACCCUCGCCCGCCACGACAAUGAGCUCCGGACACACAGAUGCGGCAGCACCGCAUCCCGCAGUCGACAAUUCUCUCGACGACAUCUUCGGCUCCUCGCCGCCCGAGACUCGGGAGGUGCCAGUGCCGAUGAGUGCACAGAGAGAGUCUGCCGGUAGGGCCGAACCAUCCGACCUCCCUUCUCUCCGUCGCCAGCAUGUGACCGCGGGGUACCGCGACGGAGUCUCAACCUCGAAAGGAGAGCACGUCCAGCGCGGCUUUGACGCCGGGUUCCCGGUCGGAGCCCAAUUGGGCAUGCGGGCCGGGACGAUACUGGGUAUUCUAGAAGGGCUUACGCGAGGACUGGAGGACCGGUCUGGCUCGGGCGUGGUGAAGAAGCCCACUCGGGGCGUCGCGGGGUCAUCGUCGGCACGGCCUGACGAGACACAGUCCGCGGAGACGGUUGCCGCACGCCGCCGUACGAGAGAGCAUGUCCUCAGGUUAUACCAGGAAGCUACCAAAGCACUCGAUGUGCAGUCCGUCUUCGCAGGCUUCGAAGCAGGGGCCGGAUCUGGAUCCGGAUCUGCGGGAAAUACCCCCGGUGCGCAAGCAGGGGAGCCCGCCGAAGCGCAACUCGGACGAAAGGGCGACGCAGUCAUUACGCAGUGGGAGCAACGAGUUGCCGUGCCACAGUGGGAGAAGAACAUGGAAGCUCUCGAGAUGAAGGAAAGCCAGAGAGAAAAAGAGGGAACCCAGGGCGCCGCGGCCAAGCGGAGUUGA